UCGAGUUCGCAGGCAAGUGCAAAAAAACACAGGAUGAGGAUUUCUUUAGUCAUUUUAAGCUGCCUGCACUUAAUGACAAUAAGAGCACAACAAGACGAAGAUAGUACUUCUUCUAAUUAUUUUGAUGGAAAACCUGGGCCAAUCUACUCUCUUAGACUAGCACAUGUUUUGUUCCGCCAUGGGGACAGAAGUCCUAUACAUGCAUAUGCAAAUGACAUUUAUAAUGAGACGGACUGGCCUCAAGGGUUUGGCCAGCUCUCUAUUACUGGAAUGCAGCAAGAGUAUGAGCUCGGAAUGUUUUUACGUGAUAGAUACAUGCAUUGUUAUGGAAUAGAAGAUUUGGGCAUAGACUGUAAUGGGUUCCUUAGUCCAACAUACGAACGAAAUGAGAUGUAUGUUAGAAGUACAUCAUUUGACAGAACUUUAAUGAGUGUCUAUAAUGUCCUGUCCGCCUUGUAUCCACCACAAGGAUCUGACCUAGAGGAGGAUAACCUUACCAUGCCAUACUUAUUUAAUGCUUGGCAGCCUAUUCCUGUGCAUACAGUGCCUAUUGAAGAAGAUCAUCUAUUAUGCACAGACUCACUAUGUCCCCUCUUCAUUCAAGAGAAGGCCGCAUUUGCUGUCAGCCCUGAAUUAGAUGAAAUAAAGAAUAAAUAUAACAAAUUAUUCGAAACAGUUUCUCAAUAUUCAGGAGAGGAAAAUAGUUUGAAUGGCACUUCGCAGGUUAUUGACCCGCUGUAUUGUCAGAAAGUGAGCAAUUACCCUCUUCCUGAUUGGGUUACUGAUGACAUUUUUAAUGAAUUGCUGGAACUUAAGGAGGCACACACAGAAUUUUGGAUACCCAAAGAUAUUGCAUAUCUUAGGGGAGGACCUCUUGUAAAACAAAUGAUGGAACACAUGACAAAAAUGCAAGCAUUUCAAGAUGAUUCAUUACAGCAUCUGUUUAUCUACUCAGCACAUGACUCGACCGUUGUUUCCUUACUACAGACCCUGGAUUUGUUUAAUAACAAAGUGCCACAUUACACAGCUUGUGUUUUAGUGGAGCUGUUUGAAUCUGAUGAUGGAUUCUUUGUUCAAGUAUCAUACAGAAAUGAAACAGAUAGUGACCCUUACAUUCUUACUAUUGAUGGCUGUGAUGAAAUGUGCCCUUUAGACAGUUUUCUAAGGAUAUAUAUGUCCCUGCAAACCCUUGAUAUUGAAAAGGCGUGUGCAGUGAAUUCCAGUGAACAAGUUCAUUCAAGCCCUGUUUUACCAAUACUUAAUAUAAUUCUAGUAAUGUUUAUUUUGUUAGCAAUGAUUUUGUUUGUUAUUUUGAUCUUGUGUAUACGCAAUAAGAGUAGAAACAGUGUUAAUUACAUGCCAGUGCCUACAGAAAUGACAGAAAUUGAACUAAGAUAACCCAGAUUUUUCAACACAAGUUAACUAGCGUAAUUCUUUUCUUAAAUCUUUAUUGUAUUGUUAUGACAAAGGCUCAAACAUACAUGUAUGCAUUUACUUAUAGACACUGAAGUCUCAUUUCUAUUAUCUGUUCACAUUUUUAUGACAGUGUUUAUUUUUCACUUAUAAAAGAAUGGUGGCAGGGUCAGUUGAUAAGGGUAAACUAGGGUCAUUUAAGCAAAAAUAGGAAUUAUGCUUACAUGAUUCAUUUAAAGAAUUAUCUCCAUCUCUCUGAUCUUAUGUUUCUGCUUAUAAAUGCUAUUUUUUAUUUUAUGACAACAAACAUAAAUUGAACUCUGUGCUGAUAUACAAAUCAUGACAUUAUAGAACAUGUAUAAGGUUCUUUUGCUACAUGUGAUUGUACAGUAAUCUAACACUGACUGUGAUGUUACUAUAACUACCAGUAUGAACAUGUAUAUCAAAUUUGUGAUAUUUUAAAUUUUGUUUGUCCUUGGCUUUGUGGCCAUUUCUACUAAAAAAUAAAAAAGGUACACAGUCAAACAGUUUAGAGCAGUCUCCAUGGAACUUAAUGAGGGUUCUUGUUUCUAUCCAGGUUAAAGAUUGAUUAUCACUAGGACAAUUUUUUGAAAACCAUAUUAGCAUUCUGUCAGGUCUACAAUAUCAUCCCGAUCUUCUUGAAACUUUGUCAGAACGUCUGUUUAAUAAUUAGCAACCCCAGACCCUUUUUUUAAAGUGAAAUAUAGCUUAUUCAUGAACACCAUUGAAAGCAGCUCAUUAAGACCUUUACAGAACAUUUUGAUUUUUUUAAAUAUCUUAAUAAAUAAAGAAUAUGAAAUUUUGCCCUUAUACAAUCCCAUAUAGCGAUUCGCGAGUCGCGGAACUCGUUUUUCAAGAAUUUUCACCAUUUUUUUUAUAACUUUUGUUUAAACAAAAUUAUAUUCAUGAAACUUGGCAGUCUUGUGUGUUUUUUCUCCUCUUUCCAUUUAUUCUACUUAUUUAUUUCUUAAUACAUAGCUUUGUAUAGAAAAAUGAAAAAACAAACCCAAAAAUAAUACAUAUUUUUUUACAUUUUAUUAAGGCUAUCAAAUCGAUAUUAUUACUGGAAAAAACAUAUUUAAAAUCAACUUGAAUAUCAAAAGAAAUAAUUUCAAUGAUAGCUUAUAACAUUAAUAACAUUAAAACAGAAUUCUUAUAUUUUCUUUAUCAUUAUAAAUGCUAUUCACAUUUUAUUGAAAUAAAAUACCACUAAAUCAUAGAGAAAAAAAAGACAAUUGCCAUUUCUGGCAAAAAUUACAAGUUACACUAAAAAUAGCACAUACUAGUAUCACAUGUCAUUCAACUUAAAAAAAACAA